AGCAGAAUUCUGGUUGUCAUGGCAACAAGGAAACAAGAGCCACCGCCAGACGGGGGCAACGCUCGACUUUUAAUUUUCUCUAAAAGCAAACAAAGGAAUGUUUGAACAAAAUCUUUGAAUAUACUAAUUUAUAUAUAUAUAUAUAUAUAUAAACAGAAACACGCAAUUCUAUAAAUAGAAACACGCACAUAUGUGGUGUUGACAUGUGGUUGUGACAUGUGGUAUCACAUGGUGGUGUCACAUUGUGUCAUGUGUGGUGAUACGUGGUGGUGAUCUGGCUGGUGCAUGUGGUGUCACGUGGUGGUGACAUGUGAAGUCGAUGGUGGUGACACUGGUGUCACAUGGUGGUGUCAUGUUGUGGUGACAUGUGGUGUGGUCAUGUGGUGUCAUGUUGUGGUGACAUGUGGAGUCACAUGGUGGUGUCAUGUUAUGGUGACAUGUGGUGGAGUCAUGUGGUGGAUUGUGUGGAGUCACGUGGUGGAGUCAUGUGGUGGUGUCACAAGGUGGUGACAUGUGGUGAAGUCAUGUGCUGGUGGUGUCAAGUGCUGGUGGUGUCACAUGGUGGUGACAAGGUGGUCUUAAUUGGCCAAGUUGACCCGUGCCGAGCUGGUAUAGGGCCGAGUUGUCUCAACCCGGUAGAUCUAGUCAAGAGGGGGCUCUGUAGGCUACGUCAACCCAUUUAUAUCAAAGUGAAUUACGGUUACACUACCAUACCUUACCACACAACUAAGAAAAAAUCGAUCUUUUUAAAAGAAUAAAAUGGGGAGAAACUGUCUGCAAAAUAUCGCACAAAUACAGACAGUUCUCUACAGUGCCAGUGGGGACACAGGCACUAGACACAAUUAUUUUACCCAUAUACCAGGGUCUAUUCUAGGAUUCGAAAAAUAGGGGGGAUUUUUAUCGAAAAGUCAGAAUUGAUUAUAUUUGUUGAUCUUUUGGCGCGAUAGCUCAGUUGGUUAAACCACUGAUUAUCACUCCUGAGGUCCCGGGUUUGAUCCUGGGUUACACCCUUGGGAUUUUUCAGAGACACUUUCAGUGUUUCCCACCUACCUAGAGGUGUACUGGUAAGAAAUCCAGGUAAUCCUCGCAUGUAUCAGUGCUAUACACUGGGCAUG